AUGAGCCAUUCAAACGAGUGCCUGGGCGAGACUCGGGAGCUGGUUGAGUUCGCAGCUGCUGACCAAGGUGCAAAGGUCGAUUUGGUGAAGGCCAACGUUGAGUCAGGUUUCGAGAACCUCCGUGGGGACGUGGCAAGCUCGAAGAAGCAAUCCUCUCAAGCAGUUCGACUUAUGCUUGGCGAGAUGGCCCGUGUACAGAAGUUCAUGGGCGUUGACUACCUGUCGCUGAAGUCGCUCCUAGACGUUGGCCCGGAGAGUCCCUCUGCCGCAGCGAGGACCUCCCUCCGAAGCUCGCGCACAAUAUCGCUGAACGAGGAUAAGCUCGUGUCGACAACGGGCAGUGAUGCGCUUGGCGACCUGGAGAAGCCGCAGAAGGAGUCUUCCCCAACCCGGCGCCGACCUUCGUUUCGGGCUGCCACUCGGAGAUUGCAGAGCAGAGACUGUUUGGAGGAGCAUGCCAGCACCGGCGAGGCUGUCGCCCCGAUGCAUCCCAUUCGGCUGCGGGACCUUGGCUUGCAGACGGAGAAUGAUACCCACGACAGGGCUGCGCAAACCGACUCCAAUAAUGUGGAAUUUCCGAAGAAGAAGGAGAAGAAGCGGCCGGCCGCUCAACUGGAUCCGAAGAAGAAGCUGCGAGUGGAAACUCAAAGAGCCUCCGUGUUUGCCGGUGCAGAUCAGCUCAAGAGGGAUGCGCAGCUCGCUUCGAUGAAGCCACCUUACAAUGUGUUUGAAUACUACCACGAGACUGGUCUGGCACAAAGGAUUGCCAAAAGCCCCAUGUUCGAGAAUGUCACUCUGUCAAUUGUCUGCCUCAGCGCACUGUGGAUUGCAGUGGACGCUGACCUCAACACUGCUGCGGCCCUCAUAGAUGCGGACCCUGUCUUCCAGAUUAUGGAGAAUGUGUUCUGCACAUACUUCAUCGUGGAGAUCUUGGUGCGAUUCUGUGCCUUUCAAAGGAAAUGCAACUCUGUGAAGGAUCCUUGGUUCGUCUUCGACAUGAUUUUGGUGCUGCUCACCGUUGGAGAGGUCUGGAUUUUGACCCUUGUCCUUGCUGUUACCGGGCAGCAAGCGUCGAUGAUACAGGGCACCGGCCUUCUGCGGAUGCUACGCUUGGUGAGGGUCUUUCGGCUGACGAGGAUGACGAAGAUUCUGCGGGCCUGCCCCGAGCUCAUGAUCGUCCUGAAGGGUCUCGCCUAUGCCAUGCGAUCCGUGAGUGUCUUCUUCGGAGUGUGGAUCAUCCUCAUCUACUUCUGCAGUGUGAUGUUCAGGUUGUUCGCUGAUGGAAGCGAGAUCGGCACUGCGGCUUACUUCGAUUCCGUAUUGUCAGUCAUGAACACCCUGUUUUUGCGAGGCAUCUUCGGCGACAACGCGGACUUCAUCGUCAGCAUCACAGCCGUCGACCCCUGGAUGUGGGCCUUCUUGAUACCGUUCUUGGCGGUUGCA